CUUGUAGUGCCUUAUCUUCUUCGAUAUGGUAUAUACUUCUGGCGCUACUACUGCCAGGGAGCGAUAUAUGUCGCCGCUGGCUACAAAAAGCCAGCAAAGGAACGCCAAAUGAUUUUCAUUCCCACAAGAGAUAGUCCGACAUCCUCCACCUUGUCUCUCCAUUCUUCCAGGCGACAAGUACAUCAUUUCUGCCUGUCAGAAGUACUGCGAUGAGCCAUAUUCAGCCUGAGACACUGCGUGACGCAGAUGUCGAGAACUAUGUCGCGGAUCCAGUUUCUACGAGGGAUGCCAUUUCCAAGAAGCCGCUGGAUGCUGCCGAUGCCUUGGAAAUUGCUAUCGGCGAGAGUAGUUCCGUCGAAUACACCAUUGAUUCCGAUAACUCCCCGUACCUGGAAGUUCGAGCGAAUGUGCCGAACACAGAUGAUCCCACAUUGCCUGUCAACACAUUCCGAAUGUGGUUUCUCGGCGUUGUUUUCACCCUAAUUGGCACUGGCGUCAACCAGUUCUUCUCCAUGCGCUAUCCGAGUGUGACAAUUACCUCGCUCGUGGCACAGCUUAUCAGUUAUCCAGUGGGGUGUGCCAUCGCGAAGGCCCUGCCGAUCAUGAAGUACAGAAUCGGUCGCUGGGAACUGGACAUAAAUCCCGACCAUCAUUUCAAUAUCAAAGAACAUGCUGUGAUCACUAUCAUGUCGAAUCUCAGCUUCAAUCAGUCCUGGGCUAGCGCGAUUAUCCAGGCACAAAAGGUGUACCUCAAUAUGUCAACCCCAGUCGGCUACCAGAUUCUGCUCUCGCUGACUAUGCAACUGUUUGGGCUGGGUCUUGCUGGUUUGACCUACCGCUAUAUUGUUGAGCCCCCGCAGAUGAUCUGGCCGUCAACACUCGCCAACGUAGCGCUUUUUCAAACGCUGCACAGUGGAGCAAACCCUACAGCUGAUGGCUGGAAAAUUACUCGCUACCGGUUCUUCCUGUACGCCUGCAUCGGAAGUUUUUGUUGGUAUUGGUUUCCUGGAUACAUUUUCACGGGCCUGAGCACUUUCGCGUUCAUCUGCUGGGCGGCACCUAACAACAAAGUGCUGAAUAACCUGUUUGGGAUGACGACCGGCCUUGGAUAUCUACCCACCACGUUCGACUGGAGCCAAAUCGCAUACAAUACCUCGCCGUUAACCAUUCCGUUCUGGGCCCAGGCGAAUGUUUUCGCGGGCUGGUUCUGCUUGUUUGCUGUUGUGGCACCGAUUCUCUACUACACGAACACCUGGUAUACGGCUUACCUCCCUCUCACGAGCUCGGACGCCUACGACAACACCGGCAAUCUCUACAAUUCGAGCCUUAUCCUGGAUGAGACCGGCACGUUCGACGAGGAGAAGUACAAAGCGUACAGUCCAAUCUUCCUACCUGUUACCUUUUCGCUCAGUUACGGAGUGGGCUUUGCUGUUUUGAGCUGCCUGAUCACGCAUGUCUUGUUAUACCAUACGAAAGACAUCAUCAGCACGUUCAAGGGCCAGAACAAGAAGGACAUUCAUGCACGAUUGCUGUCGCGCUACCCUGAUGUUCCCUGGUGGUGGUAUGCAGUGCUCACGGUUAUCAUCGUGGGCCUUUCCAUCAUGACACAGUAUGUGUGGCACACGGGCCUUCCCUUUUGGGGUCUCUUCAUCACGCUGGCGCUGGCUGUCAUCUAUGUUAUCCCCGUCGGAACGGUAUACGCGGUCGCCAACUUAAACAGCAACAACUUGACGGGGUUGGGAGAGAUCAUCUCCGGAUACCUCCUCCAAGGAAAACCUCUCGUUCUGUUGAUCUUCAAGUUCUACGCAUAUACCGGGCUGAGCCAAGCGAUGUACUAUGCCGCAGACAUGAAGCUAGGCUUAUAUAUGAAGAUCCCCCGCCGAACCCUCUUCGUCGCGCAACUCAUCGCCUGCAUCCUCGGCACACUGACCCAAAACGGCGUCCUCCUCUGGAUGCUCGGCCACGUCAAAGACAUCUGCUCCGAAGACCAACCUGACAACUUCACCUGCCCGCAGGGCCGAGUCAACUACAACAGCGCCGUCUUCUGGGGAGCCAUCGGCCCCGCCCGCCUCUACAACAUCGGCAAAAUGUACUCGGGCCUCCUCCACUUCUUCUGGAUCGGCGCCCUCCUCCCGGUCCUCACCUUCUUCGCCCGCAAGCGAUUCCCCAACUCCCGGAUCCUGAAUGCAGUUCACUGGCCGAUUUUCUUCGCUGGGACGGGGAAUUUGCCACCUGCCACAGGGAUAAACUACACCACCGCCUUCGCAGUGAGUUUCAUCUUCAACAAGCUCAUCAAAUCCCGCCGCCCCCACUGGUGGGCCAAAUACAAUUACGUCCUCUCCGCCGCGCUGGACUCGGGCGUUGCCGUCGCCGCCAUUGUCAUUUUCUUUGCGUUGACCCUGCCGGGAUUUACGUUUAGUUGGUGGGGGAAUGAUGUUAGCAGUGGGACGGUCGAUGCGAAGGGGACGCCGUGGUUGGAGUUGAGGGGGAAUGAGACGUUUGGGCCGCGGCAGUGGGGGUGA